AUGCACCGCCGCCCGGAACCCGUCAUCUCGGACUCGGAGCCCGAGGACACCUCGCCGCUCCCGCACCUGUCCGCGCACAAGACCGCCUCGAGCCGGUCGAGCCGUCGUCGCACGUCCGACGAGCGCCCGGGUCUGAGCACGGGCGAGGCCGACGGUCGCGAGGUGCUCGUCCUGUCGUCUGCGUCCGAGGGCGAGGACGAGAACGGCGCCAAGCCCGUCACGUCGUCCUACUUCUCGCUCGCGGCGACCAAGCGCCGCAAGCGUCCUUCGUCCGGCACGCCCGACGACUGGCCGUUCGCCGGCCUCGUCGACCGCGAGCCCCGUCGCAGCAGUGGGUUGUCGGGCGCGAGACACGCGUCGAGCGACUCGCGCUCGCGCUCGGGCAGCGGCGCCGAGCUCGCCAUCCCGACCCUCCCGUCCCCGUCGGCCGCGCCCUCGACCGCGCCCUCGCACUCGCCCGACCUCGCCCCCGCCGCCUCAACCUCGUACGACAUCGCGUCUCGUGCGGGCCUGUCGUUCGUCUCGGCGCGCGACCUGCUCGCGGCGAGCGGCUCGGCCGCUCCUCGCGCCGACGACACGGACGACGAGCUCCUCCCGCCCGCCCAGCUCGGCCGCGCCUCGUCGGCAGCGGUCAAAGGGACGAGUGACGUCGUCGUCGACGCCCCCAAGAAGAAGAAGAAGAAGCCGACGCCCGCGCCGCCGCGCUCGGCGUCGGUCGAGUCGGACCCGUCGAUCGAGGUCCUCGAGCCUGGCCCGCGCGGCACGAGCGCGAGCCGGCCCGUCAAGGCGGCGCCUCGCCGUCGCCGUGCCGACAAGGUCGUCGCCGACAACGACGUCGUCGUGCGCGAGGACUCGGCCGCGUCGGGCGGGUCGUCGACUGGGUCGCUGCCGCCGCCGCCGUCCGAGUGGCGCGACCGCUUCGAGCGCGGCGCGUCCUCGGGAGCUCACGCUGCAGGCGCGUCUCGCGGCGACAGCCAGGCGCCGGCACCGGCGCCGACGCCGUCGUCAUCGGUGCGCCGCAAGCCGUGGGAGGACCUCGAGGCCAAACUCGCGUCGGGCCAGGGCAAGAAGAAGGCGGCCAAACCUCGAGCUCGCGCGGUCAAGGCGGCCAAGGCCGAGGUCGUCGAGGUGGACGAGCUCGCGAGCGACGAGGACGACGCGGCGGUUGUCGCGUCGAACGGCGCCGGGCGGGCCUCGUCGAGCCGGUCCGCGUCGACGGCCGCGGCGACCAAGCCUCGCUCCAAGGCCGUCGGCUUGCUCCCGACGCCGAUGGCGCUCCCCGCCGACGCCCGCCUCCGCCUCCUCUCGUCGUGCCCGCUCCCGCUGUGCGACUUCGCCCUGCCGACCACCAAGGCGCUGUCGACGCGCCAGACCCACCUCCGCACCUGCGCCAAGAAGCUCGACAUCACGGCCGCGACCGUGUCGGACCUCGUCGACGCGCAGAUCGUCGCCCUCUCCGAGGCUGCCGACGCGGCCCGUCUCGCGAGGGCCGACUCGCGCACCCAGUUCGACGAGGCCAUCGGGCGCGGGCAAGGCGCCGCGGCCAACGCUGACGUCCACGUGGUCGGCGUCGAGGGCUUUGACGGCCGCGACCCGUCGCAGUGGUACCGCGCGAUCAAGGAGGUCCAGGACGAGUUUGACCUCGCCCGCAAGAAGGCCGAGCGGCCGAGGGAGGCCAAGCUCGAGCGCAUGGCCAAGGAGAUCCGCCGCGAGCGCGCCGAGGCGGCCAAGUGCGGCUCGAGCGCCGUGCAGGACAACGGCGAGGACGACAAGCCGCACGUCGGUGCCGCCGGCGCCGACGACGAUGGCGACGAUGGCUUUGCCGCCAUGCCCGCCGCGACGGGCCGUCUGCGCGCCGAGACGCCUGCGGCCCGCAGGGUGGUCGUGCAGCGUGCCGACACGCUCCUCGGCUCGACGAGCGCCCGUGCCGCUCCGACGACGAUCGACUCGGACGGCGACGACGUGCUCGACUUUGGCGACGGGCCCGUCUUUACCUGCGACCUCACGCCGCCGCGCCCGACCCAGGUGCUCGAGCCGAGUCUCUUUGCGCCCUCGACUCGGCUCGACUCGGACUCGAGCGUCGAGGUCCUUGAGGCGGCGGCGGCGACGACGACGACGACGACGACGAGCGGGGCCACCGCAAGGCGGUCUCGCUCGCCCUUUCGAGGGCUGUUGCUGCAGGACCCGUGCAGCAACAGGCUUACCGUCAAGGGUCCCCAACUCGGACGUCGCCGCAGCAGCACCAACGUCCGCGACUCGCUCUGGCGAGCCGCAGCAGGUCGCGACGACGCCGCCCUCAAAGUCGUCCUCAAGAAGCGCCGUCACGCCUCGGACGACGACGACGACUGCCUCCCCCGGCCCGCUCGCCUUCCUGCACCCGUUCGUCGCCUCGAGCAUACCGCCUCUACUGCCGCCAACGCGCCGUCCGCCGCUUCAGCUCCAGCCUCCGACCCCGCCGCCGCACCGCCCGACUACUCGUCCCUGUCCCUCGCCGCCCUGCAGCGCAAGGCCGCCGCGUACGGCUUCCGCCCGUCCAAGGAGCGCACCGUCCUCGAGCGGCAACUCGCCGGCGUGUGGCGCGUGCUCCACCCUGCCGGCGCGAGCGCGACGGGCGGUGCCGAGGUGGGCGCGUCGUCGUCGUUGUCGUCGUCGUCGCCGCCGCCGAAAAAGACGCGCGGGCGCAAGAAGAAGGUCGUCGCGGUCGAGGAGGACGACAUGGACGGUCGUGCUGCGCAGGCCGACGACGAGCCGGUCGGCGAGAAGCUGCGGCGUCUCGUCGUGGCGGACGAGGGCCUGUACCUGCGCGUCUUGCGGUACGAGCCGAUCCACCUCGACGAGUUCGUCGCGCUCGCGGCCAAAGGCGGCGUCAAGAUCGCCAAGCCGCUCCUCGUGCGCUUCCUCGACGAGCAGAGCAUCACAUUCUUCACGCAAGACCCCACCGGCGGCACGAGGCGCCGCUAUCGGUGA